AUGAGUGGGGACAAGCAGAAGCUCGGGGCACGGCAAGUUGCUGUCCCUUGUGACUACAAUGAUGACAGGAUUGUGGGAGGCAACGCCUGUCAGAAGGGCUCUGUCCCUUACCAAGUGUUCUUGAAUUCUGGGAACUUCUGCGGAGGUGUUCUCAUCACCGAACAGUGGGUUAUGUCGGCUGCUCAGUGCUACAAUUCCCAAAUCCAGGUAAGGCUGGGGGAGCAUGACAUCAGCGUGCAGGAACAGACUGAGCAGAUCAUCAAUGCUGAAAAAAUCAUUCGACAUGACCAAUACAACUCGGAGAGCUCAGACAACAACAUCAUGCUGAUCAAACUGGCAUCCCCAGCCAGACUGAACAAUUUUGUUGCGACCAUCCCGCUGCCCACAGGCUGUCCAGAAGAUGGGAUCUCAUGCUUAAUUUCCGGGUGGGGAAACACCCUUAGCAGUGGCUCCAACUACCCUGAUCUUCUCCACUGCCUGUGGGCUCCAAUCCUGCCUGACAUCCAGUGCAACAGUAUUUACCCAGGGCAAAUCACCAGCAAUAUGAUGUGCAUAGGAUUCAUGGAAGGUGGCAAAGACUCCUGCCAGGGUGAUACUGGUGGCCCAGCCAUGUGCAAUGGGGAGCUCCAAGGGAUCGUGUCCUGGGGGAUGGGCUGUGCUCAGAAGGGUUACCCAGGUGUCUACACCAAGAUCUGCAAAUAUGUUACCUGGAUUGAGGACACCAUCGCCAAUAACUGA